AUCAGCAUAUGUUGUUUAAUGUGUUGUCAUUCACUGCAUGAUUAUGUCACAUGAGUCCCUAGCAUUAUUUAUUCUGAGAUAAUACCUCUAAUUUUGCUUACAAAAUAAAUAAAGGCGCUCUUCUGCAGACAAGAAAGUAGAUAACAUCGUAAACUUGAAAGCACGGCUGUGCACUAGAUUUCAACAAAGGUGACAUUGUUAAUACAGAUCAAUUACAGUAAUACCUACAAGGAAAUUUAAACUUUAGUUGCCUCGGAACAGACAAGUCCACAUUUCUAUAUAAGGUCAUCCUGUUAAUACCACUCACAGAAGUUAAAGCAGCUACACCUGAACAUGAACAUCUUACUCAAAAUUCGCUGUGUCCUAUUGAUACUUCUUACACGGACAACAAGGGUUCUUCUUUUGACAUGUGGAGAGUCUAAUUUUAGUGAAACUCUGCAUCAGAAAGAACAUGGAUUUAUAAAUAUCAGUUAUACCAUCGAGCUGACGGCAAGCUUGGUGUCGUCAGACUCAUAUACUUACAUCUACGAGACUUGUGAUGAUAAUAGGAAAGGACUCAGCUGCACCUUUGAAUGGAGAAAGAACAACAGCAGCAGAUUUGGGAAGGUGUUUGGUAAAAAGACAGGUGUGAUUUGUUUCGGGGAACAACGGAACCUGAGCAGCUCUGUAGUGGCUUUAGAUAUUCAUAUUUCUCAAAUGGCCACGAGGUCACUGAGGGUCAUGAAUCUUUCCCCCCUGGGAGUGAAGAUACCCAAACUAACACGGAUAAUACGUGUUGAGGUGCUGUAUCCACCCAACAUCACCAGUCUCACUGUGGAAGGACAAGAGGCUAAUAACGAUUAUGUCGUCGACAAAGGUAAGGAGGUGAAUGUUUCCUGCUUUUUCAAGCAAGGCAAUCCCCCAGCCAUCUUCCGCCUAUUCACUCUAUUGGAUAAAAAUAAAACUGAACUGAAAUCUUCACACGAAGGAAGCUUGAGCUACUCUCUCACUGCCCAGUGUGAAGAUGACUGGCCGGUAGUCAGAUGUGAAGGAAACGGGACCCUGCAAAAUAAAUCUGUGACAUUCCUCGUCAGGUGCGCUCCACAGUUUGCAGAAAAAUCUACAAAAAUCAUCAAUCCUGCUUUAGGUAUGGCGACAUUUCGGGUCAAGGCUUACAAGACAGCAAUCCUGAGAUGUUUUUUGACACCAAUGUAUUUAAAGGAUAAUAAAACAACGGAGGUGAACUGUGUGCUCAAUGGCCAACCACCUGACCUCAUCCUAUGGGUUAGCCUCGAGAAGGAAAUCAGCAUCUUCCAUGGAAACUGGACGUUGACUCUUCGCAAUGAAGAUGGUUCUUCCAGCACAACAUUUAGUGUCAUGGACAGUCCAAGUAAGCACACAAUAUUUUUUUUAAAGAAAAAUAGUAAAAAAGAUAAUAUGACUGUAGACCAAGUGUACAAAUGCAAAUAAUUUAUAGAAAUUGAUC